UUUAAUCGCAGACGAACGGACCAUCUCGUUCUAAUGGGUCGCUCUGACAGAGUACGAGGGUGACGCGGCCGAAAGUGAGACUGCGGGGCAGCAGGAGAUUAGAGAUUCCUUCCUUGAUCAGCCAUAUCACCUGGGGGGACGUUUCCAGGGAUACUGAAUCAAAGAUAACACUCUUUGUUACGCUGAGAACGCACAGAGUCACUUGUGUUCUUAAGAGGAAGUUGUAGUCUUACCUAGUUAUGGAGGAUAGCAUGAGUGUAAAGUCCAUGGAAUCAGUGGCGACAAGUGAUGAAUAUGAAUUUGUGAAUGAGAAAGGUACUAGCAAACAACAGCAAGCCCUCUUAGAACCACCCAUGCUAAAAAUCGCCAAUAACGGCAAUCUGGAGGAUCUCCAAAAUAAUCUCCGUGAGAUUUUGACAGAGGACUCAAAAAUGGAGGGAAGUGAAUUCAAAGUGACAGGUGCCAGUGAAGAAAAAACAAAGAAAGUAGGUCAAAGUAAAUUUUACGAUGUUAGCUCUUGUGUUGUUGCAUCGGAAAAACAGGAUGUUAUGAAGCCUGAAGAGUAUCUUGAGGAAGAGUUGAACACAUUAUCUCAUGUUCAACAAGAAUGUACUAUUUUCAAUGGUGUUACGUAUCUGGGAGCAGCUGCCAUAAAUGCACCAAAAUCAGAAUGUGAAAUUCAACGUAAUAUGAACAUAUUAAAUGCAGAGCAGUCCUUGACUUUAGGAAUAAGAGUUUCUGUCUCAGUGCCGAGUAGUUCCCAAGGUUCAGUUGUUUUAUACGAUGCUGCAACACAACAAGCCAUCGCGCGAUACGAAGUGCAGCGUAUUCUAUUUUAUGCACGUGGUGAGAGUACUGGUGCAUGUGCAGCAUGUUUUGCUUUUACUUGGUCACAUGGUGAUACUUUAGAAUCUGCCAUUUACCAAUGUCACGUUUUCCGUUGUGAUAUACCAGAAGCGGUCGGACAAGUGUCAGCCUGCUUUUCGAAAGCAUUCCACAGAAUACCACGUUCAAUGACAAGUUCUUUAACAGGCAGUGACUUUAACGGUUUCAAUGUUGGUGAAAAAAUUAAUUCCAGAGUAUUUAUCUUCGAAGUCACUAUGGAAAUAAAAGAGGAAGAUGGAAAAGGUGGUUUCAGUACAGUCCCCAAGGAUAGAAAUUGUUUCAAAUUACGAAGCAAUGUGGCGAAACAAGUUUGUUUGAGUAUCCAACAAGUGUCUAGUAAAGAAGGUGGCGUUACACUCGAAGUCGAAAGAUGUUUUGGAGUUCUUGUUAGCCCUGGGCGAAAUGUUAAACACAGUGAUAUGCGACUACUUGAGAUGGUAAAGAGAGAUUCACACCAGCAAGUUAAUUUUAUGUCUAUAAUCAGCUCAGAUGUUCGCAAUAUUACAACAAUUUUACAGCAAGUUAAUACUGGACCAAUAAUGCAAGACAAACAGUGCUAUAACAUUUGUGGACGAUGGGAUCCCGCGGAUCCCGCUUUGGAAACUCUUAAUAUAGAAACUCCUAGAGAGGGUAAAACUUUCAUGACUAUUGCCGUUGAUCUCGUUAUUAGAGAUAUUCGAGAACCAGUGAGAUUUGUGAUAGAAACGUCGGUUAAAGUAUUUCCACAAAACGAGAGAUUUUGGUAUUUUAAUAAAAGAAAUCUCGUGCAACAGUUUUAUCUUAAUUCCAAGGAGGUAAUUUCUGGGGAUGGUGCAGAGGUACAUUAUGAAGUACAAAGUAUAGAAACAUCUGGUGAAUUAGAUAGAAACAGAUUAAAUCUGGCACUGAAUCUGGCAUCUUUAAUUAGAUCUCCUUCUUUAACUAGUAUCGACACACUUACACCUAAAGAAGAAAUUGAUUCAGAUGGGGAUGAACCUAUGUUAAGUGGCACAGGAGAAGUCUCGAAAGAUUGUUCGGCAGAUGAAUUGGCUAGUUGGGCUGAAGUUUUAGAUAGUUGGCAAGUCAACGAGCAACGUCCAAAACUUCUUAUAAAACUAACAAAACAAGGAAUUCCUGAAGCUUUACGCGGCGAAGUUUGGCAACGACUGAGUAAUUGUGACAAUUCACAAGAAAUGAUGGACAAAUAUAGAAUGUUAAUUACUAAAGAGAGCAGCUGUGAGAGUGUAAUUUUAAGGGAUAUUAAUAGAACAUUUCCAGCCCAUGAUUUCUUUAAAGAAACAGGUGGUUUAGGACAAGACUCUUUAUACAGAAUAAGUAAAGCAUAUGCUGUUCAUGAUGAAGAAGUUGGAUAUUGUCAAGGCCUCAGUUUUUUAGUUGCUAGUUUGUUACUGCACAUGCCCGAGGAGCAAGCGUUUUGUGUUCUGGUCAAAUUAAUGUACGACUAUGGUCUUCGAGAUUUAUACAAGGAUAGAUUUGACAACCUAUACAUGCGAUUUUAUCAAUUAAAUCGUUUAAUAGAAGAUCAAUUGCCGGAACUUUAUAAGCAUUUCUGUGAUCGCGGUGUAGAAACGCACAUGUUUGCCGCACAAUGGUUUCUAACUCUAUUUACUGCUAGAUUUCCAUUAUAUCUUGUCUUUCAUAUCUUGGACGUAUUUCUUUUACAAGGACUCGACACAUUAUUCCAAGUCGCCCUUGCUUUGUUGAUGCUUUGUAAAAAAGAGUUAUUACAACUAGAUUUUGAGAGCAUAUUAAAAUAUUUUCGGGUGCACUUACCAAAACGUUGUCGAAACGAAGAAAUUGCACGCUAUGUUAUGAAGUUAGCUUGUUCAGUGACGUUGAAGAAAUUGAAGAAGUACGAAGCAGAAUUUAUGACGUUAAAAGAGGCACAGGAAAAUGCUGAUGAAUACAGUAACGAGGUGGAGCAAUUACGUGGUACAGUGGCCAGAAAUGAAGAAGAGAAGCAAAGAUUGGAGGCAGAAUUGCUUCAAAUUAAAGAAAUGCUACAGCGCGAAGUAGCUCGAGCAGAUGCCGAAAGCCGCAGAAGCAAUGUCAUUAUAGCCGAAUACAAGCAGAUUUGCCAGCGUUUGGAGGACGAUUACAACGCUGCCAAGACAACAUUGAGCGAGCUACGGGCAAAGGUUUCGAAAUGCGAGAAAUGUAGGACGUGUAUAAUGGAUUCGUCAAACAUAUUGGCGGACAUUGCGCAUCCUUUGGAGAACCGAAUAGAUCCCAUGCUUCAUAGGGUGCAGGAAAGAGUGCGCGAACUGGAGCUGGAGUUAGCGCAGACCAAGUUGGCGCACGUCGAGGCCGAAUGUCGGAAUCAGGAUCUGACACACCAGUUACACGCCACUGCUUCCGAGUUGCAAGCCGCGCGGAAUAGUUGGCCAUGGCUCAGCAAAACCUUAUCCAGCAUAAAGGAAGCAGCAAAUAAGAGGGAAGUGAUGACUCCAACCGCGCUGAGAGAUCUGAGACGUGACAGCGCACCUGGAGGCGAUCUGCACCAUCUAAUACAUUCUCGCAGCCGCGAAACGCGCGACAGUCUCAAGGAAGUUGUGUGAUGCAACAAAAUGCCAUUAGGAAGAGGAGAAUACGUACAUCUCGGAAUUAUUUGUCGGGUACGAAUAUAUGAACAUGAUAUAUGUUCAUAGUUAUAUAUAAUGUAUGACUUGAUCUAUUAAGUCGAUGUAUUAUAUUUUUUGUCACACUCCCCUCCGUAUUGCAUAUCAAGUGCUUUUGAUCAGGCAGCCCUGUUUACAUAACAGCUGAUAUUACAUUGAAAAUCUUUGUUAUGAUUUUGUUACGUUUUAAAAGUAGAUUCUGUGAUUUUUCUUUUCUUUUUUUUUUUUUUUGACACCACAAGUAUAAACGCUUAUGUUAACAUUAUUUUUUUACACUUAUUCCUUUUUCUUCCUUUCAUUCGACGUACAUUAAUAUACGUAGCAUGAACGCAAUGCUGUGCUCGAUAUAAAAAUUUACACAACGCUACGCGAGUUAUUAAUGAUGAACGAUUUAACAAAAACAAACGAUUAACGAAAACAAAUCAUAUUAUUGUACGCAAACACGAUAAAUGAUUUACAAUAAUAGGAAAUAAAAAUAACUACAUAUGUCGCGUUUUGUAUGAAACUAGUCUAAGUAUGAAAGGAAGAAAAUGCUACAGACUUCUAUCUGUACAUACAGUAACUUUCGAGUAACAGUAGAAUCGUGACAAUUCUACUGGACAAAUGCGCAAUUAUGGAAAUUAAAACAGAGGUAAUUGUUUACUUUCAUUUUUUUUCUAUUAACUAAUUUUAUAUUUUGAGUUUAUCUGGAUUAAUGCAACAUUCCAAAAUAGUGUGAAUAUGUUUUCUUCCAUCUUUUUUAUUAUUAAGUCCAGUACUUUGAUUUUAAUUCAACUGGCGUAAUUGAUAAUUAUAUACGUAUAGUUUUGACAAUUCUAUCGACACAAUAUUCUGAUAAUUUUACUAACACACAUAUAGCGUUAGAUUUGAUAUUAAAACCUUUCACUACUUUAGUUUUAUAUAUACUUUCGUCACCGAUAAACACAUGAAGCUUAAUAUUUUGAUUUCCUAUUUCACCAUGAGACAUUAAUUAUAAAAA